AUGUCGAUGAGUCCAUCUUGCAAGAGUUUAUGGUUCUUCCUCAUCAUCGUCGGAUUCUUAGGACAAAAUCUCCACUGUGUUCUGUCUAGCCCACACCGUAUUCUAGUGGACACAGAUGUCGACACAGACGAUCUCUUUGGCCUACUCUACCUCUUGAAACUAAACAAAUCAGAAUUCGAUCUCGUCGGGAUUACAAUAAGUGCAAAUGCGUGGACCAACGCAGGUCACGGAGUGAAUCAAGUGUACGAUUUAUUGCACAUGAUGGGUCGUGACGAUGUCGCCGUAGGUGUCGGCGGUGAAGGUGGGAUUCUCGACGACGGUACUAUACUCUCCGACGUCGGUGGCUAUUUUCCGAUCAUCGAACAGGGGAUGAAAACAACGGGAGAAUGUAGAUACAGACAAGCAAUUCCUAAAGGCUCCGGAGGCCUACUCGACAUUGACUCCAAUUAUGGUUUUCGUAAACAGUUUCUUCCUCAGGGGAACAGAAGAUACACUCCUAUACGGCAACCAACGGCACAGAAAGUAAUCACGGAAAAAGUUUCCGAAGGUCCAAUCACAGUGAUCCUCAUCGGUUCUCACACGAAUUUCGCUCUCUUCUUGAUGUCAAACCCUCACCUUAAACACAACAUCCAACACAUAUACGUCAUGGGCGGUGGUGUACGGUCUCGAAAUCCUACCGGUUGCUGUCCGGCGAAUUCCACGGCGGAGCAAUGUCAACCUCGACAAUGUGGCAACCGUGGGAACUUGUUCACAGACUAUACAAGUAAUCCUUACGCAGAGUUCAACAUGUUCCUUGAUCCUUUCGCUGCUUAUCAGGUGUUUCACUCAGGUGUUCCAGUGACUCUUGUUCCUCUAGAUGCAACUAACACAAUACCUAUCAACAAGCAAUUUUUUGAGACAUUUGAAAACAACCAGAGGACAUAUGAAGCUCAAUAUGUUUUCUUAUCUUUGAAAAUUGCUAGAGACACUUGGUUCGACGCUGAGUUUUACCAGAGCUAUUUCAUGUGGGAUUCUUUCACGGCUGGUGUUGCAGUCUCAAUCAUGAGAAACUCCGUUAAAAAUAACAACACCAAUGGUGAGAAUGAUUUUGCGGAGAUGGAGUACAUGAACAUAACCGUUGUUACUUCAAACAAACCUUAUGGAAAAUCCGAUGGCUCAAAUCCUUUCUUUGAUAAAAGAAAAACUCCAAAGUUUAACCUAACCCUUGGAGGAGUUCACAGUGGUCAUGUUCAGAAUGGUUUGCGUGAUCCAAUCUGCAUACCUAAAAGUGGGAAAGGAAUGUGUAAGGAUGGUUAUACACAAGAGACUUCUGGACCUGAUUCAGUUCGUGUUCUUGUCGCGAAACGAGCUAAACCGAACGUAAACAUCGAAAGCAAACUUGACAGAGAGUUCUAUGUUGAUUUCUUGGAAGUUUUGAAUAAACCUGGAGAAACAGGGAGGUUUAACUUUUCAUCUCAGUUUCCAUACUACAAAGAAGAAUUGUUUAGACCAGAUCUUAGCAAAACGCAUCUUGGAAAGCCUGUCGUUUUCGAUAUGGACAUGAGCGCCGGAGAUUUCCUCUCUCUCUUCUAUCUCCUUAAAGUUCAAGUGGAGAAAAUCGAUUUGAAGGCCAUUAUUGUGAGCCCAACCGGUUGGGCUAAUGCAGCAACAAUCGAUGUGGUCUAUGAUCUGCUUCACAUGAUGGGUCGUGACGACAUUCCGGUCGGUUUGGGAGACUUGUUCGCAUUAAACCAAUCUGACCCGAUCUUCCCACCGGUUGGAGAUUGCAAAUACAUCAAGGCUGUUCCUCAAGGCUGUGGCGGGUUUCUUGGUUCGGACACUCUUUAUGGUUUUGCUCGUGACCUCCCAAGAAGCCCUCGUAGAUACACUGCGGAGAACUCCAUGGUCGAUGGAGCUCCUAGGGACACUGAUCGGCCUGAACUUCGACAACCUCUUGCACUUGAAGUUUGGCAAUACGUGACCAAAACUAUAAGUGGAGCGUCUAAGAUCACUGUACUAACCAAUGGACCAUUGACUAGCUUGGCUAAGAUAAUCUCAUCUGAUAAAAACUCAUCCUCACUAAUCAAGGAAGUUUAUAUCAUGGGAGGACACGUUAACCGUGAGAAACCAGACAAAGGGAACAUAUUCACGGUUCCUAAGAACGCAUACGCUGAGUUCAAUAUGUUUCUUGAUCCUUUAGCAGCUAAGACGGUUCUUGAAUCCGGGCUAAACAUCACACUCAUCCCUCUAGCAACCCAACGGAAGCUGAGCUCUUUCCAAACAAUGCUGGAUAGACUCUACUCCUCGGCGAAAACACCGGAAAGUCUGUUUGUGAAACGUCUGCUUGCUAGAUUACAAGCGCUUCAUCACAAACACAGAAGAUACUCGCAUGUGGACAUGUUCUUAGGGGAAGUUCUUGGAGCGGUUUACUUGGGAGAGGAUCACGCUUCACUGAAGCCGAGACUGCGAGCUGAGCACAUAAGAGUGAUCGCUGAAGGCGAUGAGUCGAAAGAUGGUCAGGUAUUGAUCGAUAAUCUGCGUGGAAGACAAGUAAAGAUACUGGAAAGAGUAGAUGUGAGAGGCUGCUACGAGAGUUUUGCUUCUAGACUCGCUGAUAAGAACCAGUCUGCGGUUAUAGGAAGCUUUGAAGAACAAAGGAAGAAAUGGAACACACCACCAAGUUGAGAAGAACAACACAAAAGAUACUGAUGUUGGGAGUUUUCAAGGCUCCUAAGACAAAUGUUGUAGUAUAAAUGAUUGUCGAAUCAAUUCCAAGGGAUUUCAAACACUGAGAAUGCAAGUACUUACUUAA